GCUUAAAGGCUGAGUCAAAAGCCAAGAAGUCUCUUUAUUUACGCCUACCUCCCAGUCCUUGGCAAUCUGACUAAUAACAAACUGAGCUAACUAGAAAGACUAGAAAGAGAGGAAAGAGAGCAUUGCUGCAGUCUGGAUCUACACCCAAAGAAAGCAAGAGUGAGCACCCCCGGCUCUGCAAAACAUCUUGUUUAUUUGCUGUGAUCAGCAGCUUGUCAAUGGUUAACUAUACGCAAAACAGAAGUCAGCAUAGCCGUGAAGUAUGCCGUGAAUAUUAAUUGGGAGAAAAAGGACUACGGCUUCAGGAUGCUCCAGUGUGUGCUCUGCCUACAAUAAUUUCAAUGAAAAUAAGUGCUCACUGUUUUGUCUCUGACCAGAUGUUUUAACUUUUUGGAGCUAUGGGACUUGGUGAAAGUGACAUUUGAGGAGUAAGUGCACUGUGGUUGGUGUUUUCUCUUUAAAUAGAGAAACGGAUUGACUUUGGACACCUCUUCCAGCUCGCAUUUCUGAUAGUCCCAGGAAGUGUCUGCGUUACAGAAUCAUAUCCAAUCAUAGGACAACAUGAAGCUGUGGAUUCCUCUCCUUUAUCCAGCUCUACUUGCCUGUCUGUCUUUGCAGUCCCAAUCACCAAUGCCCUCAGUCAGAGGUUCUUGCGACACUCUUUGCAACUGUGAAGAAAAAGAUGGCAUAAUGCUAAUAAAUUGUGAAGAAAAGGGCAUCAAUAAAUUAUCCCAAAUAAGUGUGCCACCAUCACGACCUUUCCAGUUAAGCUUAUUAAAUAAUGGCUUGACAGUGCUUCACACCAAUGCCUUUUCUGGGCUUGCCAAUGCUCUCUCAAUACACCUUGGAUUUAAUAACAUUGCAGAUAUUGAGACUGGUGCAUUUAAUGGCCUUGGGCUUCUUAAGCAACUUCAUAUCAAUCACAAUUCUUUGGAAAUUCUUAAAGAGGAUACAUUCCAUGGUUUGGAAAACCUGGAAUUCUUGCAGGCUGAUAAUAAUUUUAUUACAGUUAUCGAACCAAGUGCCUUCAGCAAGCUUAAUAGGCUGAAAGUGUUAAUUUUAAAUGACAACGCUAUUGAGAGUCUUCCUCCAAACAUAUUUCGAUUUGUUCCUUUAACCCAUCUAGAUCUUCGUGGAAAUCAGUUGCAAACAUUGCCGUAUGUUGGUUUUUUGGAACACAUUGGACGGAUAUUGGAUCUCCAGUUGGAGGACAAUAAGUGGGCCUGUAAUUGUGAAAUAUUGCAGCUAAAAAACUGGCUAGAAAACAUGCCUCCACAGUCUAUAAUUGGUGAUAUUGUUUGCAACAGUCCUCCACUUUUCAAAGGGAGUAUAUUGAGUCGCCUGAAAAAGGAAUCUAUUUGCCCUAUUCCACCAGAGUAUGAAGAGCAUGAGGAUCCAUCUGGAUCAUUGCUGGCUAUAACAUCAUCAACAAGUGACAGCCGCCUAUCAAGCAAGAAUACAUCCAUUUUAAAACAACCUACCAAAGCACCGGGUUUGAUACCUUACCUUACAAAGGCAUCCACCCAGCUUCCAGUACCAUACUGUCCUAUUCCUUGCAACUGCAAAGUCCUCUCCCCAUCAGGACUUCUAAUCCACUGCCAGGAGCGAAAUAUUGAAAGUUUGUCAGAUCUACAACCUCCUCCACAAAAUCCCAGAAAGCUGGUUCUUGCAGGCAAUAUUAUUCACACCUUAGUGAAGUCUGAUCUGAUGGAAUACUUCACUUUGGAAAUGCUUCACUUGGGAAACAAUCGUAUUGAAGUUCUUGAAGAAGGAUCAUUUAUGAAUCUCACAAGACUACAGAAGCUCUAUCUCAAUGGCAAUCAUCUGACCAAACUAAAUAAAGGCAUGUUCCUCGGUCUUCAGAGCCUCGAGUAUUUGUAUCUUGAAUACAAUGCAAUAAAGGAAAUAUUACCAGGGACCUUCAACCCAAUGCCUAAACUGAAAGUUCUUUAUUUAAAUAACAACCUCCUUCAAGUUUUACCACCACAUAUUUUUUUAGGUGUUCCUCUAACUAGAGUAAAUCUUAAAACAAACCAAUUCACCCACUUACCUGUAAGUAAUAUCUUGGAUGAUCUUGACUUACUCAUCCAGAUUGACCUUGAGGAUAACCCCUGGGACUGCUCCUGUGACCUGGUUGGAUUGCAACAAUGGUUACACAAGCUGGGCACAAGCACUAUGACAGAUGACAUCCUCUGCACUUCCCCAGGGCAUCUUGACAAAAAGGAAUUAAAAGCUCUCAACAGUGAACUUCUUUGCCCCGGUUUAGUGAACAACCCUUCCUUGCCAACCCAGACUAGCUACAUUAUGGUGUCUUCUCCCACAAUGGCGACAGACACAGCUGGCAGUAUUUUAAGUUCUCUCACUGAUGCUGUCCCUCUGUCAGUUCUGAUAUUAGGACUUCUGAUUGUGUUCAUAACUAUUGUAUUCUGUGCUGCGGGGAUUGUGGUUCUUGUCCUCCACCGUAGGAGAAGAUAUAAAAAGAAAAAAGUAGAUGAGCAAAUGAGAGACAGCAGCCCUGUACAUCUACACUACAGCAUGUAUGGUCAUAAAACAACUCACCAUACAACCGAAAGACCUUCUGCCUCUCUCUAUGAGCAGCAUAUGGUGAGCCCCAUGGUUCAUGUCUACAGAAGUCCAUCCUUUGGGCCAAAGCAUUUGGAAGAAGUUGAAGAAAGGAAUGAUAAAGAAGGAAAUGAUGCAAAACAUCUUCAGAGGAGCCUGUUAGAACGGGAAAAUAAUUCCCCUCUUACAGGUUCAAAUAUGAAAUACAAAACUACAGACCAAUCAACAGAUUUUUUGUCCUUUCAAGAUGCAAGUUCAUUAUAUAGGAACAUUUUGGAAAAAGAAAGGGAACUUCAGCAACUGGGCAUCACUGAGUACCUGAGAAAAAACAUUGCUCAGCUCCAGCCAGAUGUGGAAGUCAACUAUCCUGGAGCCCACGAGGAACUGAAAUUAAUGGAAACAUUGAUGUACUCUCGACCGAGGAAGGUGUUGGUGGAACAGACUAAAAAUGAAUAUUUUGAGCUCAAAGCUAACUUGCAUGCUGAACCUGACUAUUUGGAAGUCUUGGAGCAGCAAACAUAGAUGAGAUGUUUGUGGGCUUUCACAGAAAUGCUGUGAUUCUGUCUUAAGUCCAAACCUUGGAAAUAAGUGCCUUACAUGUGUGUCACCAGUCAGAACUCAACACAGCAGGAAUCUUGUGGGAUAUAAAAGAAGAAAAUGAAACUCAGGGAUCAUUAAGGAAGCCAUGGCAUUAUCUUCAGGCAAUUUAGCCUGUUCCAAAUAAAUAAAGUCCUUGUAUAUAGCUGAUGCAAGGAUUAUAGUAGUAUUUCUCCAAAUGUUUAAAAAUAUUUCAUAGAAUUCCUCUUAAACACCUAAAGGGUUGACUAUCUAAAAAGCUCCAGUUUUCUUGAAUACUUUUUCCAUGGCUGAAUAAAUUGGAUUUUGUCAGUUAAGUAUAUAACAAUAUAUAUAUAUAUGUAUAUAUAUAUAUAUAUAUAUAUUAUGUAAGAGAUGUAUUCAUAAUCAAUACAUAUGACAGAAAUUUUCAUUGUCAAACACACUAAAUUUUCUCACAAUAAAUGCAAAGGGAACUGGAAUUUAAAUUUACAAAUGGCAAUAGCAAAUAAAAAUGUAAAUUUGUAAUUACGUGGGCCAUUAAUGAUUCAUAAUUUUCAACAAAGGAUGAAUAAACAAAAAAGCCACUUCUAAGCUUUCUGCAUUAAAACACAGAUGACAAAUAGUUCAUGUGGGAUGAAUAAGAAAGUAUGUUAGUUUUCUGUGUACAUUUUGUGUGUAUAUUCCUGAUGUAAAGCUGCUGUGAGACUAAGGUAUUUCAUUUGUGUUAAACAUUCUGUUCUUCUUGGGAUAUUUUUCAAAUGCUACUGAGAUUAUACUGUAUAUAUGAUUAGAGCACUUAGUAAUUUUGCUUCAUUUCAUAGAGUUAAUGUACAACUAUAUGACAAAGAUAGAAAUAUGUCUUUUGUGGCAAGUAAUUCAAAUAUAUAAAAUGAAUAGUAAAGAUUAUUUUAUUUUUAUUGACAUACACUGAUAGAUGUCAUAGAUUAGUAGCAAAAGGCACUUCUACAGGUAAGUUUUUUGAGUUGCCUCAAGAGAGGGUCAGUGUAGUUUUAUUUUAGAAGAAGGUAUGACUAGAUUUCUAUGAACUAUUUAUUCUGUACAGUUUUGUAUAUUUUUAGUUCACAAAUAUAAUUAUUCUUGGGUGGUGCCUUUUAAGAAAAUUAAAAUUACUGUUCAUUACAAUAAAACUAAAAUGAAAACUAUUUUCAAAUGUGUUUCAAUUAAUUGCUCUGAGCUGUGAUUCAAUCAUGUCAUGAUUAUCACCUCAGCAUACUCUCUGCAUAUAGAAAAGAAGGGUUCUGUUUAUGUGUAUACAUAAGAGCUUUGUUCAACACAC